AUGCCGAGUCGCCUCCGAACUUGGCCGCAUAUUUCAUCAGAUGUUGUCUGUCCGGAGCAGCACAGUGGUGUGGUGCAGGUGGCACGUUGGGCAUCCGCAGCAGAUGGUUCCGAGGUUGUCCGGCCAUAUGAUGGCAACCCAGCCGCCCCUUCUAAGCCCACCGACGAGUUGCUCAUAGCUAUCUUUUCUGCCCAAAAAGUCCGUGAUUUGAAGCGGUGUCCAUCUGAUACUGCAGGGCCCCGGCUUUGGGACCGGUUUUGCCGUAUGACACGGGAACUGGACGCUGGUGGUUGGUUAGCCGAGCGUCGCUACUCAGUCGCCCACCUGGAUUUUGCACCUCGAAAUAUCCUCGUGGAUCUGACGGGCGACACCCAACGUCCCAUAAUUUCCGCAAUCCUUGACUGGGACAGUGCGGUGUUAGCUCCCAGGUUCAUGUCUUGCUCACCUCCGCUGUGGAUCUGGGCCUGGCAAGACGACGAGGACGAGGACGAGCGGACAGCCAACGACGAGCCGCCAACCCCGGAAGCACGACAGCUGAAGACCCUGUUUGAGUCGGCUGCGGGGCCCGACUACGUCAGACUAGCCUACGGGCCUCCUUACCGGCUGGCAAGACGCCUCGUUCGAUUCGCCAUCGACGGUGUACGAUCGAAUGAAGACUACAACGAAGCUGAGGUUAUGCUGCAAGAGUGGGCCGACUUUUACACAUCUCAACCAUGA